GGCGAGUGAAGAAGGAAUAUUCAAUAUAUAGAAGAGAAAAAAAAUAAUAAAACAAAAGAAAUUAAUUUUCAAUAUAUCCACAUCAUUAGCAUCAUUUAUCAUCAAAAACAAAUAUUCAACAUCAUCUUCUUUUACUCUCACUAAUAGCUACACUACACACCACUCUCUCAUUCACUGCUUUCUCUUUCUCAUUCUCUUUCUCUCUGCUAGAAAAGAAAACCAUUUCUUCUUGCAGAGAGGACCCCAAAAAAAAAUAAAAAUGGCACCAAGGACUUGUUCCAUUUCCCAUUUUACCCCCAUCACAUUCACGUAUUUACUCCUCCUCUCCAUCUCCAUCUCCUCCACCACCACCCCUAUUGUUGCCAUUAACAUCACCGCUCUUCUCUCUUCAUUCCCAGACUUGUCUUCCUUCACUGCCCUUCUUUCCUCCGCUCCUUCCUUAACUUCUGAGCUCACCCGUCGCUCUUCUCUCACUCUUUUGGCAGUACCCAAUUCCUAUCUCUCUGCCUCCGUCGACUUCACGCGCCACCUCUCUCCUUUCUCCCUCGCCGACCUCCUCCGCUACCACGUCCUUUUACAGUACUUCUCAUGGUCCGACCUUCACCAGAUCCCUCCUUCUGGGGUUCUAGUGACGACCCUCUUUCAGACUACGGGCCGUGCGUCGUCUAAUUCUGGUACGGUUAACAUCACCAGAAACUCACUCACAAAUACCGUCACUAUUAAUUCUCCUUCGCCUUUUUCAUCAUCAAACGCAACGGUUCUGUCUCUAAUAAAAACCCUUCCGUACAAUAUUACCAUUUUAUCUGUGAACUCCCUUUUGGUCCCUGAUGGGUUUAAUCUAAUGGCAUCAGAGACACGGCCGCCAUUAGGGUUAAACAUAACAAAGGCAUUAGUCGAUGGACACAAUUUCUUUGUGGCGGCAUCGAUGUUAUCGGCAUCUGGGGUUGUUGAUGAAUUCGAAGCUGAUGAAAGAGGAGCUGGAAUCACUCUAUUUGUACCAACUGACGCUGCCUUUUCAGAUCUGCCUGGGACUGUAAAUUUACAGUCUUUACCAGCUGAGAAAAAAGCUGUGGUCUUGAAAUUUCAUGUUUUGCAUUCAUAUUAUCCAUUGGGUUCUCUCGAGUCAAUUGUAAACCCACUUCAGCCCACAUUAGCUACUGAAGCUACUGGAGCCGGAAGCUACACUCUGAACAUAUCCAGAGUUAAUGGGUCCGUCGCAAUCGAUACAGGAAUAGUACAGGCAUCGGUUACACAGACUGUUUUUGAUCAGAAUCCAGUGGCGAUUUUUGGGGUGUCGAAAGUUUUGUUGCCCAGAGAAAUAUUUGGGAAGAACCCAAUGGUUCCUAGUAAACCUGGAAAUGCUGUAAUGGAUAGUGCUCAACCGCCGGAUGUUUCGUUCUCGCCAGAGACUUCUCCUGGAUCCGAUCAACAACCUUCGCAUUUAUCAUCACCGCCGGGUUUUAGAGAAGAUGUUAAAUCUGGAACUGGAGCUAGAGCUACCAUUAACGGAUUACAGAGCUUGAUUCUUGCUCUGUCUUGUAUAGGAUUGUAUUUAAGUGGUACGAGCUUUUAAUUAUUUUUCUUUCAUAAUUAAUUUUUUCUCAUUUUGUACACGGUGAUUGAAUUUGGCUACAAAAGCAGCCAUUUUUUUUCUUUAUUUUUUUUUUCCUGAUUCUAGGGGGAGAUGUCUACAUUUAAUUGUUAAUCAUGUCAAUGUUUCAAUAAUUUAUAUAUAUGAGAAAAGAGCAUCAUUUUUUUGCUGUUA